GUGGUUUAGGAGUGUCAGUGAAUUUUCUUUUAUGAGUAAACUGCAAAUGCUAUAAACAUGACAACAUUAGCAAAGUCCUCUCAUCCCAAUCAUGCUGUGCAAAACCAACCAUUCGAGUUCCCUAUUUCAAAUGGUGGCGAUAUCUCAUGCGAAAUGUACAGCAACAAUGUAGCUGCUCAUAGCAGUUUAAACCCUCACUGCAGUAGAGCUGAGAGCAGUGGAGAUUUACUGGAAACAUCGGACAGAGGACAAGUCUACUCACGAAACAUGAGCAACAAUAAUAGCCUUUUGAUGCUGGAGAACUUUCAAAAUGAGAUUUCAGCACGUAGCCAAUCAGAAUGCACUGUAACUUCCAAUUUAGAAUCCUCUGCGUUUACUCUUGAUCAAGUAUCCUGUAUAUGCCAAGACUUACUUCAAAGGCGGCAAAUAGAUUGUCUUUCUUCUUUUCUUGUUACCCUCCCAAAGCAUUUGUUGUAUGGAGCGAAUGAAAAUAUGUUAAAGGCAAGAGCUCUUGUUGCAUUCAAACAAAGAAAAUUCACUGACCUGUAUCAACUUUUGGAAAGCCACACGUUUUCGCCUUCAAACCAUAAACUUUUACAGAACUUGUGGUAUAGUGCUCAUUACGCCGAGGCAGAGAAAGCGCGCGGACGGCCAUUGGGCGCGGUAGACAAAUACAGAAUCCGGCGAAAAUUUUCCCUACCACGCACAAUAUGGGACGGGGAAGAGAUGGUGUAUUGCUUCAAGGAAAAGUCGCGUCUCGCCCUGAAGGAAUGUUACAAGAAGAACAAGUAUCCUACCCCUGAUGAUAAACGUCACCUUGCAGAAGACACAGGCCUCAGCAUAUUACAAGUUUCGAAUUGGUUUAAAAAUCGCAGGCAGCGUGACCGCUCUCCACAAAACAAGAAGCAAAAUGUGUGGGAGCAGCACGGCGGCAAGAAAUGCGGAAGUUUUUCCCAGUUGGCCGAUCAUGUUUCAAACUUCGAUAGCAGGCAAGAUUGUUACGGUUCGAUGCCACAUAACUUUGACAUGCGUAAACACCAUUCUACCCCUACCAGGAACGAUUCAAUGAUUUUCCCAUUUCUGGACUGCAACUCUCAGGGCGGUGUAAGUUCAGUGCCAAAGACUGAAGUAUCGCAUUUGGUUCCUGACAUGGAGUUUUACAACAGGGAAACUGAAUCUUUAGAAAAUUACUCAAAAAUGUCGCCGUUGAGCGACGAGGCGGUGUUUGAUUCGGUCAGAGAAAACCUAAACGACACCAAAAGUGACAUAGUGUCGAAAAUCGUGUUAACUGCUCCCUCGCAAACUGUAUGGACGCCUCUGACGGCCACAAACACAACCACUACAAACUGCAGCCUUCUAAGAAUGAGUGGAUUCGGUUCAUUCGUCCCAAGCCCGCAGAACUACUGUCCUAAUAUUGAGGGCAAAACAUCCCCCGGUGUACGAUCGCCGCAAAAUUCUUCAUACAGUAGCGACUCCCAGGGCUUUGCUUCACUCGUUCUUUCUCACCCGACCACUGCCACGCCAAAACACAAACUCGAACUUGGAAAUGCUAAUCUUGCUGGUAACGCCGUUACCCCGCAAUACCCGUUUAACCUUUACAACAGUAACAGCAACAAUAACAACAGUAACUCUAGGAAAGCGACUCUCAACUCCCCCCUGCUAGCUGCACUCACAUCACUUCGUUCCCUUUCAACACUUCCCCAGUCGACUAAAUCCGAGCGUUAAGGCCAAUUCUGAUGCUCUUGGCUUCGCGUGUGCGCUGUAAGGUAGUGCGCAACAGCACUUCCCUGGUACUGCGUUGGUCCGCGACCACAUUCUGCGUCCCAAAACAUCACGCGCGGCAAAGCCUACUCACGAUUUCGAGUCAAAACAGCGGUGUAUCAGAAGCUGCAGUACGCCACCACUUGUGGUGCAAACAUGACCAACUUUAGGCUCCGUAAUUUUGAAACAAAAUUACCGUAAAUAUUGUGUAGCAUAACACUGUACUCUAUUUUUCUAAACCUGGUACGAAAACACAACAUGAAACUAAAAACGGUACGCCAAUGGAUAAAGUUUAAAAAUCGCUGUUUUAAAGUUAUCUAAGAACCCCCCUUGUGUCGUUCAUGAUUAUAACACAUCCGUUUUCGCUUUGUACUAUCAUGUUUGGAGCUCUAACAGCUGUUUCUGUCAGCUACAAGAACUCAGUUGACCCUAGACUGAUAGUGAUAAUUUAUAGUAAGGUGGGGAAAGAUGGGAAACCUUUUUCAAAGAUUAUUCAAAGAAUUAUAAAACCGUUUUCUUACAACUCCAAUAUACCGUUGUUAAUUGUUUAAAACACGAUCAGUAUAUUGAUAUAAGAUGUGCCACAGGUUUCCCGUCUCCCCCCGCCCUACUAUACUUGUUGCUACCAAAACGCCUUAAUCUUGCAGCGGAUUUUUGCCACUGUAUAGUUUCGUAUUAGCGCCCUAUCUUCUUCAUACUGCUGCAGAUAUAUUUCUACGCUCCGAGAUAAGUUCCUUGUAUUUUGAAUUAUACUGUGCCUUAUGGUCAAUCAUUAGCGUGUACUCUGUUAUACCAACGAGGUUUUUUAUACUCACAUUACACCCCUGCCUUGUACAUUUUUCGUCCAGUAGUCACAGUUUUAUAAACAAAAUCGGCAAUCUAGUUUUUUUUCCAACGUAUUUCGUAAAUUUUUCCAGCCAUCGGUACCAAAGAGAUUUUUUCUAUGCAAUUCAAAUUCACUGUUUACUUUUUUACCAUGUCGCAUCAAUCCACCGUGUGUGAUACUUUGUGUGUGUGUUUGUACCCGGAAACAGAACACAUGUGAAAUAAAACAAUC